CUUCCCGCCUCUCCAGGCGAGCUCAUACAAGAUUGUCUUCCAGGCGCGGGAGCCCGCACCCGACCAUGGCCGCUUCCCCUCUCCGCACUCGCCGUCGCUCCGCCGCCGCACCGAAGCGCCCGCCGAAAGCUGAGCGGUCGCUUGCCCCACAGGCCGACCCUCCCGAUCCGCUCAAGAUCCCGUCGCAUGAUUUGCUCGGCGUGACGGUGCGAGCGGCGAGGGGAGGGCGAGGGCGGGGGUAGGGCAGGGCGAGGGGAGAGCGGUUGCGGGGGUGCAAGGCGGCGCGAGGUGGUCACGGGCCGAGCUCUCCUCUCUACACCCCAUCCCUCCUCCUCCUGCCACGCCCAGGUGAUCCUGCUCAGCGGCUUCUUCCGCGAGCGCGAGUUCAUCCGGAUAGGCGCGCACAGCGCCCCUUGCCAGCCACAGCCCCUUGCCAGCAGUCCAGCCUCGCGCCGACUGCCCUCGCGGCGCGAGCUCUCGCGCCGCCAGCCCCUCGCGCGCGAGCCUCUCGCGCGGGCUGCCCCCCCCCCCCCCC